AUGAGCUGUGGUGGUAGUGCUGGUGGUGGUCAAAGUUCUCUGGGUUAUCUCUUUGGAAGCGGUGAGCCCCCCAAACCAGUAGUGGCACCAGCUGCAAGUGCUCCACCUGUUGAGAAACCAUCUACUGCAAAGACUGAUGCGACCAUGCAGCCCUUAAAAGAGCUUCCAGAAAAGAAAUGCAAGCGAUGUGGUUUGUAUGAGGAGGGCACAUUUAAGCCUAAUGUUGUCUUUGAUGAAUGGGAGAUGUGUUUGAGUGAUUUCAAGGGCGGAAAAUACACCCGCUUUAAGGAAGGCCAGUUCAAUGCAACAUUCCUAUGCCCAAACUGCACUGCAUCUACUAGACAUGGAAACCCUGGACCAAGUGAAGAUUUGGAAACUAAGAAGACAUCAAUUGCCGUCAUCAUAGUAGUUAGUGUUCUUGCUUCAGUCCUUGUCGUCACUGCCUUGUUCGGGGGCUUCAGGUACUGGCAGAAGAAGAAGAGGGAGCGAGACCAGGCAUGGUUCCUCAAGCUCUUUGAAGAGAGAGAUGACCUUGAAGAUGAGCUGGGCCUAAGUAAUGAAUUCUAAAAUAGUGCGUGCAGUCUUACUUCCGAUGUUUUCAGAUGUAGUUUCCACGUAUGAUGUA